AGCACCUAGAAGCUCAAACCACUGCUGCACUCGGCGAUGCGACGUCUGUGAAUGAAUCCCCGGAGUCCUGCUGAGCACGCCGACGACAAGCAAUUUCCAGCGCCACAAUGCAGCCCUCAAGGAUACUACGCUACGACAACGGCGAGCCGAAGCCCAACAUCACGGGCUUUGAUAUGCGCAAGUUCCUGGCCGCGACGCGCACCCCGAAAUACGAUCCUUGGGAGCGGAACGAAGCGUGGCGGUACACAGGCCAGUUCACUCGGUGGAACCGGUUCAAGAACUCGGUACCGGGGUUUGGCAUUGCGGUAGUCGCGUUUACGGGCUACUGCCUGUACGAGCACUUCUUCAUGAAGGACGAUCACCACAGCACCAGCGGGCAGCAUGGAAUAAGCGCUCAUUGAGUCGACUGACCAAGGGGAGAUCAGCUCAGGGUUGGGUGGGCAGGAAGCCUGCCUUAAAGUAGGCUGCUGGGUGGCGUACGUCUGUGUGUGCAAGGGGGAACGUGAGGGCGCAUACACAUGGGAUGGUUGCGGUCAAACGGAUUGUUGACAUACCCCUAAGAAAGGGGAGCUAACCGUGGAAGUUAAAGGAUGCGUCCGUUUUGCGCGUCCGUUCCCAAUAGCAUCGUACAUUUCGAGGCAGCUGUUGUUCCCGAGCAGUUACGACAGCCAUCGUGAAGCCUGCGAAAAGUGGCCAGUGGGAUGAGGUGAGAGUUUAAGCGCAGACAACGGCUUGUACCGAGUGUAAUGCUUUAGACAAGAGCAGAAUGAGCUUUUGGGCCAAAGGCACCGGUAAACACUGGCGAGCUUGCCAUG